AAAGGAGACAGCCUCUACUGCGAUUGUAGAAGAGACCGCGGUGUGAAUUAGGGAAGAGAGGCGUCGAGCGGUGGAACGGUCCAUCUCGGAGACUAAUUUUCUGGAGUUUCUGCCCCUGCUCUGCGUCAGCCCUCACGUCACUUCGCCAGCAGUAGCAGAGGCGGCGGCGGCGGCGGCGGCGGCGGCUCCCGGAAUUGGGUUGGAGCAGGAGCCUCGUUCGCUCCUUCGCUCGCGCUCUCCGCGCUCAGUGCCCGGCGGCAGGAGGAGCCUGCACCCAGGCGCCGCUGGCGGGCGGUAGGCGCCGGAGCCCGGCCCCGAGGUGCGUCCCGGAUUCCAGUGCGCGUCUAGCAAGAAGCCUGCGUCCCGGGGAGUGCCGGCAGCGCCGCCGGCCGGUGCUCGGCGCGCCGGGCCAUGCAGAGGCGGCCGCCGCGGAGCUCCGAGCGGCGGUAGCGCCCCCUGUGAGGCGGCCAGAGAUGCCCCGGCCACUGUGAACGGUGCCGCCCGCCAGGACACGCUCAGCCCCGGCCACUGUAGGCUCUGCGCGCCCGCUACAGACACCGGGGCGAGGGAGAGGCGAGCGCGGCACAGGCCGCCCAGCAGGGGCAGGGGAAGCCGGCCGGUGCAGCGCGGGGACACGUACUCAGUCUGACUCGGGCUGGCACUGGAGGCUAGGGAUGUCGUCCUGGACGAGGUGGCAUGGACCCGCCAUGGCGCGGCUCUGGGGCUUCUGCUGGCUGGUUGUGGGCUUCUGGAGGGCCGCUCUCGCCUGUCCCACGUCCUGCAAGUGCACCGCCUCUCGGAUCUGGUGCAGCGACCCUUCUCCGGGCAUCGUGGCGUUUCCGAGGUUGGAGCCUAAUAGUGCAGACCCUGAGAACAUCACCGAAAUUUACAUUGCCAAUCAGAAAAGGUUGGAAAUCAUCAACGAAGAUGACGUUGAAGCUUACGCAGGACUGAAAAAUCUGACAAUUGUGGAUUCUGGAUUAAAAUUUGUGGCUCAUAAAGCGUUUCUGAAAAACAGCAACUUACAGCACAUCAAUUUUACUCGAAAUAAACUGACCAGCUUGUCUAGGAAACAUUUUCGUCACCUUGAUUUGUCUGAACUGAUCCUGGUGGGCAAUCCAUUUACAUGCUCCUGUGACAUUAUGUGGAUCAAGACUCUUCAGGAGACUAAAUCCAGCCCAGAAACUCAGGAUUUGUACUGCCUAAAUGAAAGCAGCAAGAAUAUUCCCCUGGCAAACCUGCAGAUACCCAAUUGUGGUUUGCCAUCAGCAAAUUUGGCCGCACCUAACCUCACUGUGGAGGAGGGAAGGUCUAUCACAUUAUCUUGCAGUGUUUCAGGCGAUCCAGUUCCGAAUUUGUACUGGGAUGUCGGUAAUCUGGUUUCCAAGCAUAUGAAUGAAACGAGCCACACACAGGGCUCCUUAAGGAUAACUAACAUUUCAUCUGAUGACAGUGGAAAGCAGAUCUCCUGUGUGGCAGAAAAUCUUGUAGGAGAAGACCAAGAUUCUGUCAACCUCACUGUACAUUUUGCUCCAACUAUCACAUUUCUCGAAUCUCCAACCUCAGACCACCACUGGUGCAUUCCAUUCACUGUGAAAGGCAACCCCAAACCAGCUCUUCAGUGGUUCUAUAACGGGGCGAUACUGAAUGAGUCCAAGUACAUCUGUACUAAAAUCCAUGUUACCAAUCACACGGAGUACCAUGGCUGCCUCCAGCUGGAUAAUCCUACUCACAUGAACAAUGGGGACUACAAGUUAGUAGCCAAGAACGAGUAUGGGAAGGAUGAGAAACAGAUUUCUGCUCACUUCAUGGGCUGGCCUGGAAUCGUAGAUGGUGCGAACCCAAAUUAUCCUGAUGUAAUUUAUGAAGAUUAUGGGACUGCAGCGAAUGACAUUGGGGACACCACGAACAGAAGUAACGAAAUCCCUUCCACAGAUGUGGCGGACAAAAGCGGUCGGGAACAUCUUUCGGUCUAUGCUGUGGUGGUCAUUGCGUCUGUGGUGGGAUUUUGUCUGCUGGUGAUGCUGUUUCUGCUGAAGUUGGCAAGACACUCCAAGUUUGGCAUGAAAGGUUUUGUUUUGUUUCAUAAGAUCCCACUGGAUGGGUAGCUGAAAUAAAGGAAAAGACAGAGAAGGGGGCGGUUGGUGCUUGUUGGUUGAUGCUGCCUUGUAAGCUGGACUCUUGGGACGGGCAUUGGCUUCUCCCGGGAGGUGCCGCGUAGCUGGGGUUUUCUGGUAGACAUGCGUGGUGUUUGCAGGAGGUACCACACGAAGCCUGCAGAUGUUGUGAGCUGUGUUUGGGGAGCACCAUUGCAAAGGCAGCUCACAGGCAGCUAAGCAAACACUCAAGAAAACAUCUUAAAUUCAUGCUUCUCUUUUGUUCUUACAAUUGUUCAAAUACAAAACUGAAAUGGAAUUCCAUUGGAUCAUGCAUCUCUUCUGAAAGGUGUGCUGGUUUGACCAUACCGGAAAUGUAUUGAUUUUUAUUGUUUCUGUUGAUUAAAGGUGAACUGCAAAGUUAAAAACAAAAAAAUCUAAAUUUAGGGACAGGUAUAAGAACACACUAAACAGCCUAAUCUCCAUCUAACACGUAGGUUAGCAUCGUUUUCUGUUGACGUUUCAUGAGAACUGAAUUCAGAAAGUUUCACUUUUCCGUCUACAGCGCAGUGGACUAAAAGAGUUGAGGGCAUCGCUGUGGGGACCUGGUGACCCCACUGAGAGGUUCUUCCCUUCACUGGCAAUAAAAGUCCAGAGUCAUGCAAUCAACGCUAAUGAUUUUUGUAAAGUUUAUUAGCAGGCAGAAAAAAAAAUAAAAAGCAGCUCUGCGGUAGGGGGCUAUAGAUUUAGGUUAGGCAUAGUCAGUUUCAGGAUAACUGAAAGAGUGAAAUAGACACAGAUGGUGCGUAUGUCCUUUUAUUCGCCCCCUGCGAUCCACCUGCUUUUUAGAAGUUUCCUAGUGAGAAGGCCGCAGUAUCUCAUGCUGUUCCCAUGACAGAACUACAGCUUUUCUACUCUGAAAAGGUCUGCGGGCAGAAUGGCUGGCCUGCUGGGAGCAGGAGACCAUAUUCUAAGAAGGAUAGUCCCCUACUACAUCCUACACUACUGCUGGUUUUCAUGGGCAGGAAGGCUCUUCCUGACCCCAGCAGCACAGAGGUAAUGAGAAUGUGGUUUAUCAUGUCCAGCCUCAUUGCUGAGAGGGUAGCCUUGGAGAUAUAGAAUCCUGUGCCCCAGCCUUAGUCCUAGCACGGACACCUGUGUCACUCAUCUGGCCAUUGCAGUGACCUUUGGUCCGUAUCUGCCAGGUAGCAUCCCUGUCCUGCGGCCAACUUUGGCUGCCCUUGCCCCAUCUCACCUCACACUUUUCUUCUUAGGGGGACUCGGGAGCCAGGCCUGGACCAUUUUGCUUAAAAAUACAAUCAGCUCUGACUGUUAAGGCAUGCUCAUAGAUGCCAUGGCUGGAUUGGAAACUUAUUGACGUUUGACAAAACAAAAUCUUUCUUUGGAAAUAGUUACUCAAGUUUUGCAGUUCAGCUUUAAGGAUUUAUAGAUUUUUAACUAGUCCAACAUGUUUGGAAACACUGUUUUGCAUCCUGUGUAACCAAGGCGUUAAUCUUAAUAAACCAGGAUCCAUUUAGGCACCAACUGAUAUAAAAAGAUGAUCCAUGAUGAAUAUUUUAUACUGUUAUCUUUUACAUUAGCCACUAAAUAUGUUAUUGCUUGGCACAGACAUUUCACAGAGUCCUAUGGAUUACAGCAUUUAACCAUGCCUGAAAGAGGGGCAGUUUCUUCAAAACAUACACAGGCUGCUUGUUCUCAAAAGUUUUCUUUCCAAAGACACAUCUGAGCGGGAGAGCAGCUGGCCCUUGGUGGGGGUAGGGGGACCUGAAUAGUCUCUGAAUUCCCAUUUUCUUGCUCGCUGCUGAAUGACAGUUCCUGUCACUACUUAGAUUUUGAUCUUUCCCAAAGUUGUUGAUUUGCAAAAAGGCCAGCUAAUUGCAGAAAUCACGAACCCUGCAAGAAAAAGGAAACUCACACUGAGAGUCGAGCAGUACACCAAGCAUUCUUAAAUAUCGGCCAUUCGGUGCAAGCUUUAUUUAUUUAUUUUUUCAAAAAACCUUCUCUAUUUGAUUCUGUGGAACCAGAAAAAGGCAAUGAAUUGUUUAAGGACUAUUUUGUGCAUUGCCCAGACUGAAAGGGAAAAAAGAAAAGAAUAUUUGUCCUCAAAAGCUAGAAGAUUUCCAGGGUAGAUUUUUGUUUUAAAAUGUAGAGAAGUGGACAGAUAAGGCAAUUUAAUAUAUCAAAGAGCAGUUGACAUCUCCUAGGGAACGAUGAAAACAGCAGGCUAUUAGAAAAUUGUUUCAUAUGGUUCUUGUGUUCCUGGUUUUCAUUUUUCUUUAAUCCCCGAAGACCACAGCCAGUGACAUAUCUUCUCAUUUCUAUACUCUAGACCAACCCUCUUUCAUCCUUUGCUUUUUUAUGUCUCCUACAAGAAAUCUUUUUACAGCUUCCUAAUGACACGUAUCAUGUAUUUUUUCAGCAUUAGAAAAGGACAAGAGGCAUUUUUGUUGAAAUCGAGUCUGUUGCCUCCCGCCCCCACAAGGACCUGGCGUUUCAGCGCCAGGCAGGUACCCUUCGUAAAGGGCACUUGCUGGGUGAGCAGACACCCAUCCCUGCAGAGAGGCGGCGGUCACCCAGCCUCAGCCGACUCCUGCUGACCGGGGAAUGUGGCCCCAGGCUCCCCAGUCUUCUGAUUCUUUAAGAGAAACUUGAAGUCUGUAUUUUUUUUUUAUGUGAAAUGUCCCUAUUUUUAAAAAGUUGGCUCAGUUAUUUUUAAAACAUUAUGUAGGCCAACAAAACAACUGUGGGCUGCCCGUUUGUUACUUUCGUCUUAAAGCGACAUCAUUGUUCUCUCACUGUUUCCUACUACCUUUCCUUUGCAAACGCACUUCUUGGCAUCGCCACUGAGAGCUUUCCCAUCAUUGAGGUUAGCACCCCAGUGAUCCCCGGCAUGUCACUUACCUGUGGGGCUCUCCUGCCACUUCCACCAGCUAGGGCCUUGGCUCUGUAACCCUGCCUGGGACUCUCUUACGGCACUGUUUUCCCUCCAUCCCGAUUGGCCCCGCCUCUGCGUGGCCAGAGACAACCUAGCAAGCCCUUCCUCCUGUUUUAUCUGACAUCGCCUACUGUCACCAGUGUGACAGUCCAUGUCACCAGUGUGACUCCAUGUCGCCUGGCCCACUUGGGGGUAAUUGGGUUCAGGUGGGAAAGUACACAGCCCCGUUCAUGGGUCCUUAACGUACCCGUGUGGCCAAUGGUAAACGGAAAACAGGUGUGCCACCUCAAGAGGUGUGGCUCAGGGUCCGUACUUUGAAUGGCGUCCCCCUGGGAGCCUGUAAGGCAGCUGGGACAGACUAAGAAACUACUCCCACUGGCAUCCCCGAUGACCCUGGUUUGAGGCCAAGGAAGGUGAAUUUCCUCAGAGGAAAAAAUGAAUCCUCACAUACUUCAGAGACCAUCGAUUCUGGGGUUUUCACUCCUGGUCUUCCAGUCCAGACCCAUUUCAUUUUUGACCCAUUGAGUGUCUCUCCAAAAGUAGGGGGCACAGACGAGAAGGACACAGUCCCAGCUCCACCCCGAAUCUCAGAGCACCUUGGGGGUUGGCCUGAAGGUCACACAGAGUGGUUAGGGCUCCAGGUUCUGCCUCCCGCAGGGCAGAGGCCAUGGUUACCAGUCUGAGGAGCAAACGGCUCAAGGCCAACAGGCAGGAAGUCAGCUCAGGGCCCCGUGCGAGGGCGAGCGUGAGGGAGGCGCACCUGCUUUGUCUCUCCUUUGUCUGGUCUCGUGAUCUGCUUAAAACCCCUGACUUCUCUGUCCCUCUAGCAAUCCAAACUGACUCCAUGACAGGAGGGCUUGGUUUUAUUUGCUUUCUUGGUUGCUUCGCACACGCUUUUUAUGUUCAUUGCAAAAUGGGAACAAACACGAACGGGGCCUGAAGUAACUUCUCUCGUGCCACCGCGGAGCGGGAUGAGGCACUCUUGCACUGUUAGGCUUUCUGCCUAGAACUUCUCCUUGGUUUUCGUCCAGUCCCCUCACCCGGCAGUAGAUGUUCAUUUUGUCUUGCAUUGUCCAGACC